UUUUUUUUUCUGUAUCCUUUAGGAGUUUUUGAAUGAAGCAUUUAAUUUCGAAUCCAAGCAACCAACGAACAGCAUUUCUUCGAACAAUGGUAAGACUUGCAACCUCACAAGUAUCAUUGGCGAUAAUGGACCCGAUAAAAAUUCAAAUGGCUACAGUAAACACAAUCUUUUACGCAGCAAAGGAUCGUCAGUAAACACGUUUCCUAAUUCUGGUAGUUCUGCUGGAUGUCUCAGACCAUCGUCGGUUAAUUGUGGGAGACCCAAUAAUGAAGACGCAAAUACAAAGCGUAUAGGAAAUUUCAAUGAGAAUUUUUCUUCAGAACCUCCAUUAAAGAAGCAAAAUUGUGUAACGGAGAACCGCAGUCCGAGUUUGGGAAGUGAUCAGUUAUAUAAUUCCACUGGAAUUACAAGGAACAAUGCAAGUGAACACAUAAUUGGUAUUGAUAAUAUGUUGUCAGAAUCAAAGACCUCAAAGUCUUUCGAUUUUAACCCUGCUGUUAGUUCAAGAGCUACUAGUAAUUUAUCAAAUGGACUGAGAUACACACAAAAUACUACUUCUGCGGUUUCAUCACCAAGGUUGACGAAUAAUAGACCAGGAAGCUUAGCUGGGUCUUGUACGCCUCUACGCAAGAAUACCUUGUGUGACCAGCGAAGAUCACCAGCAACAAACUCAUUUACACCAAACAUAUACAAUGAAAGAGACGCGUCUCAGAACUUAUUGCGAAGCACUAUAUCACCUUCAGUCAGUAAACAGUCACAUCAUUUAAGGGGAACGGGUGGGUCUGAGGUUCGGAAUGAUUCUUUGUUUACCCAUAACCGUAUCCAUGAUUCUAAUCCUUCACUAACAUCAAACAGAUACAGAGAAAGAGACUCAUCUCAGAAAUUGUUACGAAGCACGAUGUCACCUUCAGUCAGUAAACAGACUCCUGAGUUUAGAAUUGCCAAUGAUUCUUCAAAUCACUUAAGGGGAACGGGCAGGUCUGAAAUUGGGAAUGAUUCUUUGUCUACCCAUAACCGUACCAAUUCUAAUCCGCCAGUAACACCAAACAGAUAUACUCACAGAGACUCAUCAGUAGACAAACAUGGAAGCAAAGUAUCAACUUCAGCUAAUUCACAUACUCCAAAGCUAAGAGGUUUUCCGAAAGAAUCGCCAGUUCAGAGGAAUUUAAGAACACCAACAACUGAAAGGAGAUGUUUUACUCCGAGAAGAUUUCCUGGACCUGCUGGGAUUCUGCCAAGACUGGUAAGUCUUCCAUACUGUUUACUCUGUUAAUUAUUGUUACUGAUGCCGAUAAUUUUCUAUUACAUAUUUAUGUUAGGAUGUUUACACAGAGCCUAAAAUAACGUUCAAAAAUGGUUAGGAAAAAAGUGCGACCAAAAUGAAAUUUGAUCGGAAAAUAUGCGACCUAGCAUAUUUUUCGGUUUUGACUUCCGGCGUUCGGUAGGUUAAUUAUACAGGGUGUAUAAAAAAAAACUGAACAGAUUUGAAAUUGCUCUCAAUUUCGCAAAACACCUAUUUGUAUCCGGUUUUUUAUAUAUAUAGCUUCUUUGAGUACUUAUAAUGUAGAAUAAUGAAAAAAAAUUCUCAAACUCAAAUUUUGUGAACCAGGGGGGUGUGUCUUUUCCAACAAACUAAAAAUGGCUCGCGCACAAAAUUUAAACGUUUUAAUCAUAUUUUGAGUUAAUAGAUGGAAACUUUGUUUGGUUUUUAAUUACUGUAGAAAAUUUGGUUUAGUUUAAGACGUUUAACUUUUCAUUUUAUUCUAAAAAAUCAGCCUUUCGCAUGCUUAAUUAAAUGCCUUUACCUAAUUUGCAUAUUGCUAACAUAUGCAAAUCAGGCAAAGGCAUUAAUUAAGCAUGGAAAUAGCUGAUUUUUAGGAAAAAUGUAACUUAGCGUGAAUAGUUAAACGGCUUAAACUAAACCAAAUUGUCUGAAAUUUUGUAUAGUAAUUAAAAACCCGACAAAUUUUCCAUCUAUUAACUCAAAAUAUGAUUACAACUUUUAAAUUUUGUGCGCGAGCCACUUUUAGUUUGUUGGAAAAGACACCCCCCCCCCUGGUUCACAAAAUUUGAGUUCAAGAAAUUUUUUUCAUUCUACAUUAUAAGUACCCAAAGAAGCUAGAUCUAUAAAAAACCGGAUACAAAUAGGUGUUUUGCGAAAUUGAGAGCAAUUUCAAAUCUGUUCAGUUUUUUUUUUAUACACCCUGUAUACGUCUGCAAUACAAAAAUAAAGUAAGUAAAUGACACUUUAUGCUACGAGUGUAUUUCAACUGCUUUUAAAAUACUUUGUGGGAUAAUAUAACACAAUGUUUGGUUAGCCCCAUCUUUAAGAAAACUUCUCGCGUGUUGUGACCCGAUAUCGUUCACUUUCAUUUAGCAUAUCUUAGAUCUGAAAUAUUUUUACGGGAACUAACACUUUCGAACACUCUGAGUUCAAAUGCGAAACGUUUCCGCUCCGUAGACUCGCAGUUUUCUCACAGAAUGCUAUUUUAUCUUCAAUAAUUUCACGACAAAUUUUUCAUUGUUCAACGACUUUACGAUACACGAUUAUGUCACUCAAAAGGACCAAUUUCUAUUAACCAGUCUUCCUUUUAACAAAAGACCUGUUUUGCUCGAAUCGUUUUGAGUCAUGUAAUCUUAUAUGCGUGUUGGACGUAAACAACAUAUCUUGUCUACAACUUUGAGAAAGUACAGAUAGCGCUUUCUAAAAUCCUCAGUUCUAGAGAUAUGUCUAUAAAAUCACAACGACAUUAAUGCGAAGUCUUUUGGCUACAUGUAUGUCACUGACCUGAAAAAUAACUCUUUUAACGCGAUCAAGGUAUUUAAAAUAAAAGUAACGCGAAGCCAACGUAACGCAAAGACAACGCUAAAAUGAAAUAUUGUCGAUUGAUUGCUGGUAGAACACCUACGACAGGAUCAAUCUUAAAUACUGUAACCUUAAACUAUAAGAAUAAAAGUUCACGUCAAAGAGAAAGAUUAGUAGUCCCAAAGUAUAAAAUAUGCUCUGUAAACUUACGACGAAGUGGAGAAAUGUGUGCAUGUGAUGAGCUAUUUAUUUGGUGAUUUCAACGUAUAUGGAAACCCUCUUUCCAAUAAUAUUCGCUUAUCGCACAGCAUAACACCAACCGACGUACAGUAAUAGUUGAAAUGCAAUGAUAAGUUAUCUCUUGAAUUACGUCUCGGAAACUGUGUUGGAAAUUUAAUUGCUGGUCCAUUACAUAAGAUUACCGUUUUACAUGCAUCUUUGUAUCAAAGAUAUUGUUCGCAUGUACAUGUAAGGAAGUAUUUCUCAGCCCAGAGACAUAGCCCAAAGACUUAACAUUAACGUGAUUUUAUAGAGAUAGAGCCAGAACUAAGGUUUUUGAAAGAAUUAUCUGCACCUUCUCAAAGUUGUAGACAAGAUAUGUUGUUUACGUCCAACACACAUGAGAUUACAUAACUCCAAAUGAUUCGAGCGAAACCGGUCUUUUGUUAAAAAGAUGACAGUUAAUAGAAAUUGGUCCUUUUGAGUGACAUAAUCGUGUAUCGUCAUCGAUCCGUGUCGUUGAACAAUGAAAUAAUUCGCUGUGAAAUUAGUGAAGAUAAAAUAGCAGUUUGUGAGAAAACUGCGGGUCUGCGGAGCGGAAACUUUUCGGAUUUGAACUCAGCGUGUUCGAAAGUGUUAGUUCUCGUUAAAAUAUUUCAGAUCUAAGACAUGCUGAAUGAAAAUCGUUUUCUAGGCACUUUUCGAGGUCACACCACGCGGACUAUGCGUUCAUCCAGACAAAAUGUCCAAUUGGGUGCAUUGGUCAGAAAAACUGUGAUUUGUUCGGAUGUCCGAUCGUUAUUUCAGGCCCUGUUUUAUCUGCCAAAAAUGUGCAUGCAUGGUCUUUACAUUUACAGUUGCAUGCCUAAUCCUGAAUUGAGGACGCCCAUUGUACGCGAAGUUGAUAAGUUGUUCCAUGAUCUUGCAUUGCUCUGUGGAAAAAUGGGUGUUGUGUAGUAGAUAUUAGAAAUUACGAUGACGAAGAAGUACAUGCUUGACAAUGUUUUACCGUCUGCACAUUAUCUUGAUUUGGGGGUCACCGGUGAUUACUGAAUGUCUUCCCGUUAUAGAUUUAUGUGUCCCGCAUGUUUAUGAAUACUGACCCUUAAGCCUGGUUCACACGAUGAAAUAAGCAUAAGCACAAGCAGCGAAACCUUUGAUGUGCAUAAACGUACGCAUAAGAAGAACGCAACAUUUGUUCUUCUUAUGUUUAUGUUUAUGCUUAUGCACAUCAAAGGUUCCGCUUGCUUAUGCUUAUGCUUAUGCUUAUGCUUAUUUCAUCGUGUGAACCAGGGUUAAUGCUUAACCUGACCCAUGCAGACAAAACAGCGAGACAUGAAGCUAUAUCCCGUCUUUGUUUACCUGCCUUCGUUCACGAGGAAUUUUGCCAACACAUUUGUUCUGAACGAAGGCAGAAUUUUUUUUCAAAUUCCUUACUAUGGAAAUAGUAUGGAUUUUAGUUGAUAAUAGUAUGGAUAUCCAAUUUUCAUACUAAUUCCAAUUCUCAUACCAUGGAUAUAAGUAUGGACUGAAAUACAUGUAGGAUGAAUAUACUAGGGAUUUAGUGAAGCAAUCGCAGUUUCCAUAGUAUGAAUUUCACUAUUUUUUUCCAGUGUUAUAGGGUCAGCAUUCGUAAAUGAAUGGAGCUGACAGCUUGACACGUAUGUAGUAAACUUUGUUUGAACAUAUCUUUAGGAUCCCGGUCAAAGUUUGGAUAAUCUUCAAAGUCCAUCGUUAGAAACUCCCACGAAGAAAUCACCUCAACUCUGUCAACUGGUAAGGUGCAAAUUACUGUUAGAGAGGGAUUGAUGUGAACUGUGAAGGGGUGGGGGGCAAAUAGACAAAUCGUUCCUUUGUCGUCAUGGGUUUUGCUGACGUAAUAGCAGAUGCCGACAAAGGAAAAAGUCCAGGCGAACAAUUUGCCUAGUGGAAAACAUGAUUAAAUAGAUUACUUGCCGUAGGAUCUAAAACUCGCAUGAAACUUUGUACAGGUACUAAUUAAUUUAAUGAUUGGAAAAGCAUCACACAAGUUAUUUAGUUAAGGUUUAAAACGUUAUUAGGGUUGCCUCCUCUUGGUUUGGCAUUCGACGGCGGGAUAACGUAAUAUUGAAUGUUGCAUGUUUUCUGAAUAUUAAGUUUUUUUCAAAGGUUACUGGUGAUAGUGAUGAAGACUUUGCGAUAGAACCGUGGACAUUGAUGCAAGAGAAAAUUUCAAAAGGUAUAGAAAUGUACAUUUAGAACUUUGUAAUGUUGGCUAUAAUAGCUAUAGAGCGUGCCACACUGUAAAGCCGCCAAGGCCGAGACACACCGGACGCUAGCCGACAACGCGGCGCGAUUUUUCAGUUUUUUAAAGUUAAUAUAAGAGUCAAUGAAAGGAAUUUUUGAAAGAUGCAUAUGCAGACCAAAUAAUCUCAAAAUGUUAUGCUCUUAUAGCGCCUCUACAUAUUUGAAAAACUUAAAAUCUUGAUCAAAGUUAUCGGUCAGUGAAAAUCGAAAAAUCGCGCCACGUUGUGGAAUCGCGUCCGGUGUGUCUGGGCCUUUACUGAUUUGUUGACGAGAUUGCACUUGACAUCUUAUUGCGCAUCCACACGGUUUUUCUUAACUUAGCCUAGGAUUGGCGCUAACCCAAAUUUAAAAAUCCUAAUUAACCUGCAUGGGUUUACUAUCACUGGAUUAAUUUGGUUUGCCCCUAAGAUCGACUAGUGCUGCUGUUAGUUGCAGGGUUUAUGUAGAUAGAAAUUUCGUGUGCAAAUUUUAUACUGUAGAAUAGAAAAAUGCAAUUACUGUACUGUAUAUACUCUCUGCAUGGCAGGAAUUGAACAUGCGGUCUGCGAUUGACCUAGGUUAAGAUAUUUAAUCCGUUACUUAUUAAACAACUGUGAACUGUGAUCUUCAUGGGUUAUUUAACAUUUUCUAGACUUCCCGGAUUCUUUGGAUUGUCUUUCGUCUGUGAUAACGAAGGUAGGUGCACGAGGGUGGGUGCACGAGGGUACCGUGUGUUGGUUAGCCCAGGUGCACUUCCAUUUUACUAUUUAAGGUUACAGGAUACCCAAGGCACGCUUUCAGGAGAUCUACCAUCACUCGGCGAAUUUUUAUCCAAGUUCUGUCCAAUUUUUCGCCGAAUGUGGCCAGAUAGAUGAAGAAUAACAUUGUGUUAUAAAAUAUGAAAAACAUUUUCCCGUUGGUUUCACUAACAACCUUCUCGAAAAUUCUUCUAAACAAGUGUGUUCGCAUUUUAUCAGGCCUUAAAAUAUCGGUCGGUCACGGACAUUGUCCGACCCAUUCGCCAAAUUGUCCGAUGUAGAGAGGAAACCACCGGACAUUUCGUCCGACCAAAGUGAACCUGAGGUUUAUUGUUUGUCCGAACCAAGUAAAUUGGUGUCCGACCGUACUUUAGCUUUGUCCGACGUAAAUGAAAAUGUACCCUAGCCCAGGACUAGAGGCUUGUAUGUUAAAUGGAAAAUCAGAGUAUUAUUGUAUAAAAGGUGAACUGGAAAUAUUGUUUUAACCUAGUCGAGCACAUGGCGGCGAGCGAAAUGGUGAAGUGGAAAACGGGUUUAAGUUGUCGAAGUCUUUUUUACACUGCUGUACUGGCAAUCAAGUUAAUUUUGUCUUGGAAAUAAGUAUGAAAGAAACAAAUUAUUUAAUAUCUUUACAACAUUUACCGUUUAUUCAUUUGUGUCGGCACUCAGACUUAUUUCCGAGUCAAAACUGAACUGAAGGUCAUCGGACAUAUGUCCGACCCAAACUCAACGUCACCGGACAUUUUGUCAGACGGCCCUGCAAAAGAUAUUUUAAGGCCUGAUUUUAUUCUUGCUUUAGGGGUUACUCAGCUAAGGCGUAUUCUUUCCCGACUUGUAUUGUAACCAAUGGGCAACAAAAGGCUUAUAACUUUGCAGCUAAAUGCCUGUAAAGUUCGCGCGAACACACGUCCGUAGCCAAGACAAUAGACAUGCAUGCAUCUACAAUGUGAACAAAUUUAAGAACAAUCAGUUAAAAACGCACGAUUAACGUCGCGUUUCAAGUUGAUGUACAUGUAUACGACUCAAAAUUAAUUUGUCUGAAAAUUGACUUUAGUGUUAAUUAGUUUUCCGCCAAGCGUAUAGACUUCGGAAAGCGUUUUACUUGAUAACUUAUAUGAUUUGAAUGAUUUUAAUUUGAAAUUUUUCCUGACGACGGAUCUAUUUCUAAACUACACGAUUUCGUCAUACAUCCAAAGCCGCAAAAUGCAUUCUUCACCACUCAUAUAAUGGCACCCAAAAUUCAUGAUUAUUUCCCUUGCCGGUUAAACGUUGAAUUUAUUACCUUCAAAUAUCCUGUUUUAUUCUAUAUAGGCAGCAUCACAUCAACUUGAGAGAGGAAAAGUGGCAUUUUUGCCUGUUUUAGUAAAAUCGUUCCGUCCAACUGGGUUAGAUGUCAGUAUUGUAUUGAAAGAUCCUUCAGGUACACACGCAAAAAUCUCAGAUUUUGGAGCAAAUCUGCCAACAAACCGUGAACGAGUUGUGUUCGCGCUGCAUGCUUGCCGCUUCACAGUACUAUACAGCUGUAACCUACGUAGGCUUGGAGAUACAGUAAGUUUGUUUUAUUUUUGCAGGGGAAAUGCGGGGUACGUUGCAUCGAAAGGUCUUAGAGCAACAGGAAAUUGAGAUUGGGCCUGGGUGUGGUCUUUUUCUUAAGCAGGUAUCUUAUGUUAUUAUACAGUAUAUUGUUGUAGGCACUGAACGACAAUGUUUUUUUCUGGAACUGUAUGACUAAGUUAGGGCAAAAAUUGUCAACAGGUUUAUAGGUACUAUGUGCAAUAUAAAUCGGGUUCGAAUGUUCCAUUUACAAAAGACCCAUUUCAUAGUUUUAUUGAACGAGAUCAGAUACCCCCCAAAUCUCGAUAGAUACCCAAUCAUACACCUUUCACUGCCAUCGUACCCAUUAUAACAUAUACACAAACUUGUGGUUAAAGCUCAGUAACUGGACUCUGUAUAGGUCAGAGCGCUGUACCGGAAUCGUAGGACCAAUUCCCAAGGAGCCUCUUUAGGUCUAAAAUGUACUGUUCCCCCAAGUGAACCUGUCUAGUUACAAACUACUAUUACCAUUUAUAGAGCUAUCUUUAUGACUAAACUAUUUACAAAUUUAAAGAAUUAUUUAUAGGAUUAUUAAAGUACUAUUGCAUAUUAGAAAGAUAUAUAGUUAUUGGAUUACGUAUUAAUACUAUUAAUACUACAGAUAGUAAUCCCGAAAAGUCGGUGUUAUACCUUCCCAGAUUUUAUGUCUAAAUCUAUAUUUUCUGUCUACUUCUGGGAUUUAAGGUUUCUGUAUUCAGCCCAUCACCACGAAAACAUUAUCUGAAUAUUACUCCAGGAAAUAUUCUCGAGAUUUUUCCUGCUAGCGCAGAACGAUGUGGCAGUCGGAAGGUAAGAUUUCGGUGAAUUAUUGAUUUUUUUCUUUACGUAAGAUCAGGUAUUGGUGCUUUACACGUUUAAAGUCCUUGACCUUUAAUUUGAAUGAGGGCCUUGAAAGUCCUCGAGUUAACAAAGAAGUGCUUGAAGUCCUUCAAUUAACAAAUAAAUGCUUGGAAGUCAUUGGAUUAACAAUGACGUGUUUGAAAGUGCUUGAGUUCAUCUUGGUUUAGUUUUUACUUUUAGGUAUUGUCUGAAACCAAGUGGCUAUUCGUAUUGGAACAGUACGCCGAGUUUGAUUUGCUAUUCGUAUACUGCAGUCGGAAUAUUUAAGAUACUGUAAACCUGACCCCAACAUCAAACCCUUCUCUAACCCUAACCAAUAAUGUCUAAUAAACUAUUUGAGAGUUAAAAAAGUCGGGGGAAUGUUUUAAAUAUUUGAAGAAAAAUUUCUAAGUCAAACAGAAAACCGACGGCUAAAACUUAACCGGACACGACCUCGUUUCACUUCGCACGCGCGCAACGCCUUUGUCGAAUACGCUAACGGCAAGCUCGCUAAAAGCUGUUGCAAAAAACUAUUCUAUAUUACUAAUUUACGAAAUGUAAGAAUCGGGAGUCAUACUCCAGUACGAAUAGCCACUUCGUUUCUGAAAUUUCUUGGACAUUAAAAACGAACAUUUUAUUCCAGAUACAUCUCCUUGAAAGUCCUUGAUUUGUUAAAUGAGAAUAUUAUAUGAUAAGCCGUUCAAUUUUGCUAGAGCUCUUCAAUAACCUCAUCUUAAUUUUUUAAGGUUACAGAACACCUUUGAGUGUUAAUGUUGUCUAAAUUUUUUUAUUGGUUUCCAUGAAAACAUUAGACUAGUUCUGCUAUCCGACCAAGUUUGAACGAAAAAUGUUGAAAACUCGCGGAGUUUUUUUGAUAAAAUACACUUCGCUGCAAUAAGAAAAGCAUUAAAAAUGUAAUAUUCAAAUUCAAUUUUCUCCCGAAAAUGUUUACGGUAAUUACUGAUUUUCAAACGAGUUGUGCUCCUGCGGGUUUUAACCAAUUUUUCUCAAAUUUUCACAAGACAUAGCUCAAGACGUCAGUUUCAAAAUUGUGUUCGGCUUUUUUUUAAUUUUGGAUAUUUUAAAAAUAAAGAGCAAUUCACUCAAACAAUUCAGAAAUAUAUUGCAGUCGCCAAAGAAAUGGCCAUAUCAGCGGAAUGACGAAAUAAACAAAAAUUUCCGAACACAAUAUUUUAGAACAACUAUUUUACUGUAUAAAAAUGAUAUUUUCAUAAAUAUAACUUAAAACCAGCAGGAGCACAACUCAAACGCGUAACGGCACCGCGAUUUAAGAUUUUCCUGAAUAAUUCUUACAUUAUUUUAUUGUUUGUUAAUUUUACAACUUUACCAUAUUUUGCAUGCACUGGAGAACAUUUGGUGAAAAUUUGAUGAAAAUCGGACUGAUAUUGAGCGCGCAGUAGCGAUUUUCCGCAAAACGCCAAAAAGGGUGUCCUGUAACCUUAAGUGGUGUUCAGUGGUACGCCAAUGAUUAUUGCCAUGUACUAACGCUAGUAAAAUUGUAUAUUCAAUAAAGAUCCCGAAGUACAUAAAGAUCCCUAAAGGUAUUCAAACGACUACCAGUUAGAACAAGGACCACAAUUGCAUAUAGCUAUACAAACUCUGUACAAUCGACUCCAACAUUCCUUAGUCUCAUCAAUCCAACAUGCAUCAUUCAUUCCAAUACAUGUCACAUACAUGUAUACCGACUAAAUUAUGGUUUGAAUACCUUGGGUUUGAAAAGAUCAUAUCGUAUCAGCAAAAAAUAAGUACGCAUAUAGUAGCAACAGUUCCGCGUACUGUAUGUACGCGUGCAUACAUGCUACCUGGCUUAAACAAAGAUGUACCAGAUCGUAAUAUUGGCGUACCUCUUACAUGUAAAUACGCAAAUUGUCGCACUCUGACAAAUUGUGAUCGGAUAUCACACCAAUUACUGUGAUAGUGUGAUCCCAAGAUGUUCUAAGACAUUGGCACUUUGUGACCAGUGUAACGAUGGCUUUUAUGAUGAGGAACCUGAUUUUUUAAUUGACACAUUGAUAACUGCUAAUUAUUACCAUUGAAUGUAGAUCGCAGAGGCUACACCAAAGAGUGGACCAAAAGUUAUGCAAAAGUAAGUUAGGAGUAAUGUUAGCCUUUCUCACGUGGGCCAAUGUCCGCCAUUUUUGAGGCACGUCUCCCCUCGUGAAUGAAUCUAGACAAUUAAAGCAACGUGAAAGGUCACUUUUCAAAGUUGUAAUCGUAGAUUCACCAUUAUAUAUACGCACCACUUCAGCAGGGGUUGAAAUGAGCAGGCGCCAUAUCCCCUUUUGCGACCAAGUCACAACAUUGGUUUAAGGAGACUUUAUUUAAAAAGUUUAUGUAAAAAAAAAUUUUAAAAAAUCAACCCCUGAUUACUACAGAGUACAGUGAUAAAAAGUCACAUUUCGCGGUGCGACAGUGCGCUCUCAGAUUUGGGAGAGGCAUAGUACCCAUGCAAAAUCGGCCGAUAAACCGAGGGGCUAAUUCUACAAACUAUGAAUUUGUGCAGGCACAUUUUAAAAUAAGGAGGGCCUAUUGUUGCAUUUAUUGGAGCUGCUCCUGCAUAUACUGUAUACAGUAAAAUGUACUCUCGAAAUUUCCAUCUACAAAAUUCCUUCGACAGUUGGUUGUAUCGAGUGAGAUGCCCCAAAUCCUGAUAUUUAUGCAUAUUUACAGGCACUUUUUGAAGUUAUGAAUUUUGCUCGCAGGCAAAAUGAUUUAAUGAGCCCUAAUACUUAAACAAUCUUAAACAAAGGUAACAUAGAAGAUCUUUGUUUAAGGUAAUGAAAAGUUAAGUAAUAGCAAACUAUCACGACCAAAAGUCGUGAGGAUACUUCGUAUACAGUAAAUACAGUCGCACGAGGAUAACUAAUAUAUUGCUUCUUUCAAUAUAGGCAGGCGGUAUGCUCAAAUUCAAACAAAGAAAUUGAACAAGCCCAUUCGUUUGAAGGUAAGAUAAUUAUUUUUUCUAAUAUAGAAAUAUUGAAGUAGAAUAUUGAAAUAAUAUAAUAGAAAUGAUAGUAAUUAAAUAGCGGUAAUCUAAGUCUCAUGCAUUCAUAUCUAUUCCACAUGCGACAAGACUAAUGGCUUCAUGUGUUCUUCAAAAGUGGUUCGAAUUCUUUUGUAGAAACAAAUUUUGAUGAAUUACUCGAAGGAUUGGAUGACGACGAUGAUAUACUUGUCGAAGCAAUGAAUUGUUGAGGUAAUCGCUAACUCAAUUUAACCUAUCUGCAAUAGCUCGUGUGCACAUGCGUGUUGUAUACAUGGUGUUGUAUACCAUGAACUGCCCACUGGUUGUGGUAUUGGAUCGUGAAAGUGUUUACAUAAGUCAUAUAUGAAGGACUGAGGAUUGAAUCCGAUUGAUAAAUUAAAAUUCCUCUCACCGUAAAUCCUCUAUGGCAUGUUCAUAUAUGAGCUCAGCUAACCGGGAAACUAUAUGCACGAGUUAUAACCGCAUGUUUAUAUUAAUUGUUAUAAACGUCAGUCUGUUUGUAAAUCAGAGACGAGCAAGCCCGGUUAGAUGAGAUCUGGGAUACGAUUUGGGUUAGAUGAAAACGCGGACGCACGCAUGAGAGGGUAAAUGCGGACGGACGGGUCAGAGGGUAACAUGCGGAUAUACGAGGGUAACAUUCGG